AUGAGUCUCACAGAAGAGAGAACACAUUUGUGCUCUGAGUGUGACAAACACUUUACAUGUAAAUCAGCACUUCUCAUACAUCAGAGGAGUCACACAGGAGAGAGACCAUUUACAUGUCCUGAAUGUAGCAAGUGUUUCUCUUAUAAAUCACAUAUUAGUAGACAUCUGAGGAUUCACACAGGAGAGAGACCAUUUCAAUGUUUUGAAUGCAGCAAUUCUUUCUCUCAUAAGACACAGCUUGUUAAACAUCUGAUGAUUCACACAGGAGAAAAGCCAUUUAAAUGUUCUGAAUGCAGCAAGAGAUUUAUCGAGAAGAAAGAACUUAUUAAACAUCAGAGGAUUCACACAGGAGAGAAACCAUUUAAAUGUUCUGAAUGCAGCAAGUGUUUUUCCCAGAAGGCAUCUCUUGUUAUACAUCAGAGGAUUCACACAGGAGAUAAACCAUUUAAAUGUUCUGAAUGCAGCAAGUGUUUUCCCCAGAAGGCACAGCUUGUUAUGCAUCAGAUGAGUCACACAGGAGAGAAACCAUUUAAGUGUACUGAAUGCAGCAAGUGUUUUACUGAGAAACAAAUUCUUGUUAGUCAUCAGAGGACUCACACAGGAGAGAAACCAUUUAAAUGUUCUGAAUGCAGCAAGUGUUUUUCUCAGAAGGUACAGCUUCUGAGACAUCUGAUGAUUCACACAGGAGAGAAACCAUUUAAAUGUUCUGAAUGUAGCAAGUGUUUUUCCCAGAAGGUACAGCUUGUUAGACAUCAGAGGACUCACACAGGAGAGAGACAAUUUAAAUGUUCUGAAUGCAGCAAGUGUUAUGCUGAGAAGAGAGGACUUGUUAUACAUCAGAGGAGUGACACAUUAAAGAAACCAUUUACAUGCCCUGAACGCAGCAAGUGUUUUAAACAACACAUAUCAGGGGUCAUUCCAAGUUGA